UAUACACUUCCGUGCUGUGGUUUACCGUCCACACUUUCAAUUCUGUUAAGAAUGGGAGGUAUAUUUACCAAGACUGAAAAAGAUAAAGAAGAUGUGACGGACACGGCUGGAAUGUCAAAUGAUCAAGUAUCUGAAGAUAGUGUUGAAGAUGAAUGUACUGGAAGACCACCUCCAGAUAAACAAAAGAUGGAUACCAGAUCAAAACCAUGGCUUAAGGAUAUAAGAAAGUCAGGGAAUAAAACUCUGUUUGGAAAAACUGGAAUUCAGAUCAGAUUGCCAGGUUCUAGAAAUGAUAAUGGCCAAUUUAACACGAAAAAAAGGACAAAUCGUAUUGAAAGUUCAGAUGAUACAGAUGACACUGUAACUUAUCAUGAAGAAAAAAACUUGAAGAAGAAUGAUGAACCUAAAAAGUGUGCUGGUGUACGAAGAAAUUCCUCGUCUGCCUCAACGGAGUGUGAAGUGAUUGAAUCUACAGCUCCUACUAAAAAAAAUAAGAAAAUAAGGAAGAAGAAAUCACGAAUAAAAUCAAGUGAUGAUGAAAGUUCUUCAGAGAGUGAGGAUGAGGAAGAGCCGAAGAAAAAAGGUAACAAGAAGAAAGCCUCUUCCGUCAAGGCCUCCUCAAAGGUUAUUCAUAUAUCUUCAGAGACAACGGAAACUGAUGAUUCUGUACAUCUCGUGCACAGGGACAAAGGGAAAAGAAAAAGGCAACUGUCAGGGCCAUUUGAUACGCAUUCAAAAAUGUGUUCCAGUAAAAAAUUGAAAAGUAUACUAGAAGAAUCUACAGAGGAUUCAUCUGAAGCUAAAUGGGUUACUUUGAAAAACAAUUCGCAGUCAAACAAUCCAGCACAUAAACGCAAAUCAGUUGAUAUUGACCAUAGCUCUUCGUCUGAAUCGGAAAUCAUGAAGAAAAGAAAAUCUCAGAAGAAAUCAGGCAGCAAAAAGAAAAGCGAUGCAAUGACCCCUGAGUUAACCUUGAAAUUUUCCUCUGAUGAUGAAGAAUUACCUCCCCUUGUUAGACCUAGGAAGAGACAUAGUAGUGACAGCUCUACAAGAUCAACACAGAGCAAUGCCUCCACAGUGGCAUACAGUCACUCUCAAGUGAAAGGGGAACAGAUGGAAAGUUCUUUUCCAAUACACGAUCCUGAAUAUCAAAAUAUUUCUUCUGGCAUUGAAAGUGAAGAUUCAGGUGCCGAUUCAGACACCCCACUUAAAUUGAUCAUGCUAAAAAGAAACUCAUCUACCGAAACCAAACCUAGCAAUAACUCUGAUGAAAACGAAUCAGAGUUACUGUUUUCUCAACUCCCAACAAAAGACCAGGAUAAGAAUGAUACAGGAGAAACGAGUAGAAAGGAAAGAGCAUUCUCUGCCUAUACUCAAGAGGAAGAUGAAAUAUUUGUGAUUGAUGAUGAUGAAAAUUUUUACUCCAGCAUGUCACAGCAAAAUUUAACAAUUGAUUACAAUGACAAACCAGAUGCUGAAAAUGAUGAGGAUGAACGAGUUAGUUUUUUCCUUGAUGGGGAAGACGAUGUUGAUACUAUACAUGUAAAAACUGAAAGUCCUGAGCUGCCCCUUGAUUUUGACUGGUUGAAAGAGAAAGUUGAAGCACGAGAUGGGACGACAGAAUGCUAUGACAUGAAUACUCAAGUUGUUACUCCUAUCAAGGUUGAAAAUAUAGAAAAAGACAAUUAUGAUGCUGAUACGCAAAUUAUUAGUGACGAUUCAGAUGAAGAUUUCUUUGAGGCUGCAACUCAGAAUCCAAAUAAUAACAAAUCUGGUAUAAAGGUUAAAAAUGGGGACGAUACAAGUUCAGAAACUGAGGACUAUUAUGAUGUGGCAACUCAACUUCCUGACCACAAUAUAAAAAAUAAGUCUGCCAGGGAAAAAAAUGUUCGUCUAGCAGACACUGAAAAAGCUGUGGAAGACUUUUACAAUGCGCCAACUCAACUUCCUGUUGACAAUAUAAAAAAUAAGUCUAGCAGGGUAGAAAAAGUUCAAUCAUUAGAUACUAAAAAAGCAAUGGAAGACUUUUACAAUGCAAGUACUCAAGUAGCAAUUAUUGAUUGUGAUGAAUCAGACGACAAUGAAUUGUUUCAGGCAGCGACACAGGUUUCAGGUAUUAAAGAAGAAGGAAGCUCAAGUUAUGACAGAACAAACAAGACAGUUAAAAAGGAGAUGGAUAAAGAGGACUAUUACAAUGCUCAAACUCAAGUUUUUAAUGAUAAUGAGAAGAAAUUACCAAUAAGAAGAAAAAGCUUUGAUUUGGAUAAUUUUGAUGAACAAUUUGAAAAAGGCAAGAAUUCACAAAUCAACCGAAAACGAAGUUUUAAUGAGUCAAAACCAGAAAGGUUUAUUAAAAGAGAGAGUAAGGAUCUUUAUGAUGCCAACACACAAAUUGAUAGGACUAAUAAACAUUCUGUCGUACAGCGCUUGAGUGAUGAAGGCUGUGUCGUUGAACACAUAAAAGAAACAAAGGUCAUUGUCAAAAAACAAUUUUCCACGCCUUUAGAAGCACAGAAAUAUCUUAAAGAAUAUAAUUCUUCAGAAGACUUGUAUGGGGAUGAUACUGAAGAGUAUGAUUGGCAGAAAGGUAACAAACCAACAACAAAAAAGAAGCCAGUAUAUAGCGACACUAAUAAGGAUGAUACAAAAGUCGUUGGAGAUGUUUAUGACAUUAAUACUCAAAUUGAUCGUACUAAAAUGGAGGCAAAAGGAGACUUUGAUCCAUAUGCUGCAGCAACUCAGGUAGUUAAACCUGAGGUGAUCGAUAUUUCUGAUGAUGAAAAUGAUACUGAUCUGUACAACUGUGCUACACAGGCUGAAUCUAAAUUUGAAGCAGAAGAGAGUUCAAUCAGUGAAGUUAAGGACAAAAAACUGAAGAAUAGCAUAUUAUCAAGUGGUAUACAACAAAUAUCAAGCAAACUUAGUUUUGGCCUUCCAAAAAAUGUUAUGGAUGCUAUGUCACAAAUGGAAUCACAAAAUCGCUGCAAUAUUUAUGACAUGGCAACGCAGGUCCAGAACCAUGACGAAAAUGAAACUGAGAGUGAUCAGGAAAUAUAUGCCGCUGCCACUCAAUUUGAAAUUUCGUGCGAUGAAACCAGCAAGAUGAAAGAUAUUUAUAAUGACCAAACUCUGGCUGACAAUGUAGAUGAAGAUAGCCAGAACUGCUACAAUGAAAUGACACAAGUUGAGACUCCCCUAAGACAGUCCAAAAAGGAAGCAAGAAAUGUCUUUAAUACAAUGACACAAGUUGAUAACACUGAUGAUGUUUGUGAAGCAUUUGACCCAUAUACUGCACAGACUCAAGGGGACAAUGUUCAAAUGUUGAGUUCAGAAGACGAAAUCUAUGAACAGGCUACACAAGUUAAUUUAACUGUUGCCGUUAGCGAUGAUGAAGAUUCUGUAAAAAGUGAUGAUGAUGGAAGCAAACAACAAGAAAGUAACAAUUGUGAAUAUGUUGCAAUGUUGGAUGACGAUGCUGACGAAAAUGUAAAUGAAAAGCUGGAGGAACGAUCUGUGAGUCCAGUUGAGACGAACAAUGGUUACAUUGCUAUGUUAGAUGAGGUAGAUGAAUCUCCACGACCAGUUAUUGUUACUCAUAGUACCUCAAAAUCGAAAGAAAAUAAAACGCCUAAGAAAGACAAGACGUAUAUAAAACACACAAUGUUGAAAAAAGUUUCUAGUGAAGAAAAGAAAACUAUGCAAUGCUCCCCAAAAAAGCCAAAGACAUCCAAGGAAAAAAGAGAGAGUUUCCAAUUAGAAAAAGAAAAAUUUUAUUCUCAAAAACGAAGUAAAAAAACGGACUCUAAAUCACCAGAAAUGAAUAAUGAUAUUGACAUUGUUGAAGAAAAUACCAAUCAAUGGUUAUCUAAGCAACAAAAAAGUAAAGAAACUGAGAAAUUCAAAAAACAUAAAGAAACUAAACCAUAUUCUGCUGCAGAUAAUAGCUUUGAUGGAAAGAUCAGGGCUGCUAUAAAUAAAAUGACGGAGAGGGUUAAGAAGCAAGCUGCACAACCCCAACCUGUCAAAAGAAAACAUUUAUUUGUCGAAGGUGCAAGUGAUGUUUCAGAUGUAACUCUCCCUGACGAAAAAGAGAUCCUAGCUAAACAGUUACCAUUACUGGAAUUUCCACGAGCAAAGGGGGCACAGAGCAGUCAGGAAGAUCAGCAAACAACCAAAGAAAAGCAGAAAAAAGAUAAUAUAACUUCCGAGAAGACUGAUAAAAGUAGAAGAGGAGAUAAUCGCAGUCAUUCUCAGUCGGAUAGACAUGAAAGGUCUUCAUCUAAACACAAACAUCGUCAUAGCUCAUCACAAAGUUCUGGUCACAGAAAAGAAAGAGACUCUAAAGAUCAUAGAGAUAAGAGGUCAGGUGACAAGGAUCAGAAGUCACAUGACAUGAAAAAAGAUCACAGAUCAUCCAGUAGGUCUUCUGAUAAGACGGAUCAAAAGUCAUCUGAAAAAUCCAAAUCAUCAGAAAAGUCAAAGGAGAGAGAAUCUUCCAGGAGAUCUUCAGACAAAAGUAGUCAUCGCUCAUCUUCUCAAAAGGAAAAAGAUCAAUCAUCGAAGAAAAAUGAAACGAAGAAAGAUGACAAAGAUAAGACAAUCAUGAAAAGGAUUCCUAAGUUGUCUGAAACUGCAAAGAAAGAGAAAGAAAAUGAAAUAGUAACAAAAUCACCAUUAUUAGCAACAAACCUAGAUUCACAAAUUUCUGGGGAUUUUAUGUCAAAAAUUGGUUUGAGCAGUAUGAAGAUCACAUCACGAGUCAGAACACCGAGCCGUGAAGAAUCGGAACAAAGAACAGAAAGUCUGAUGGAGGCAUCAACUACAGAGGUCAGCAUAAAUAAUAAUUCUCCUGAGAAGACGACAUUAAGAAUAUCAAUGUACAGAGAAAGAGAUCUUGAAAUUGCAUCGACAGGAAAUGUAGAAACAUCAUCUCCGGCUCAAACACAUGAGAAAACACCCAAAUCAAUUCUGCGUAUAGUAGGAUCAGAGAGCAAACGUCUAAAUGUUCAGUUUAGGAUACCAGCAUAUUCUCAGUCUGUAGAGAAUACAAAAGGAGGAGUUGAUUGGGACAAUAGGAAGGCAAGGUUUAAUACACAUUUUCCUAAUGGACUACCAAAACUACCUGGGGAAAAUGAAAAUGAACCAGUUACACAGCCUCCAAGCACUUGCUCUGUAAAUUUGAUGAAAAAGCUACCUCUCAAUUUACAGGCUGCAAAGGCAAAACCUCUAACAACACAGAACCAAAAUUCAACAAUUACUUAUCAACCACCUCCUGGUGCUUAUUCAAGUUCCAGUCUACAGGUACCAGUAGCAACUGUUCCCACACCAUCUACUUACCAGCAACAUAGAAACAGAGCUGCCCACUAUAAUAAUUCAAGACCGUCGUCUGCUCAGCAGCAGGUUGAUAGGGUACCAGUUCCUCUUUUCAAACAGGGAAGCAGUCCUAUUGCUGAUCUGAGUAUUUUAGACUUGAAUUACUUCUUUGUGAAGAUAUUGAAGUGGAAUGCCAGCUGGUUUGAUGAAUAUGAGAAGCAUCAGACAGCACCUCCAGAUGUUGAAGAAGCGUAUCCUGUUUCACAUCUCUUAGACUCUUAUGAAUGUUACGAAGAUUAUUUCAAAACUUUAUUCCCCCAUCUUUAUCUGGAAACAUGGGAAACAUGUGUGAGGUCUUGGCAAGAGUCAAAGGGAAGGAGGAGAUCAGUUGACAUUGUGUUUACUCGAGUACAUAAACCAUGUGACAAGAUGUUCACAUAUACUUUUACUGCUGUGGUCCCAAAGCAGACCUUCAAUCUUUUAAACGAAGGAGAUCUUGUGAUAGUAAAUACUUGGGGAGUCAAUGCAUGGGAAGUCAGUGCCAAACAUAAAGCCAAGUACUAUCCACAGCUUGGAUUCAUAGAGAGGCUUGUGUAUCGUAGGAAUCAGGGCGAUGUGGUUAAAAUCCUACAGACUUUUCCUUCUUUAGUAAAAGAAGGAAAAUAUCCCUCUGAUUUUAUUGGACUAGAAAUAAUUGUGAAGACCAGAUUUCGACAGUUCAAAAUGUUGCCUGAUAAGAGAUCUUCUAUCACGGUUGUAUGCUCAUUGGUUUCGACACUACGCCACUACAAUGCCUUGUCCCGCCUUUACAAGACCACCAUGGUCAAUAGUAUUUUGACUCCAGGUAUCCUCAGAGUAUUUCACAAUCAUCCUUCAGUUAAAGAAAAUGAUCUUCUAGAAUUAGAUAACUAUAACAAGUCGCAACAAAAAGCUAUUGUGAUAUCAACCAAGAUAGCACUGGAGCCUGCACAGCAAAAUAGAGUAGUGCUGAUCCAAGGACCUCCUGGUACUGGUAAAUCCUAUACUAUUAUAGGUAUAAUCAAGAAUAUCAUUAAGAAAAGCAAUAGGACAUGUCAUAUUUGUCUGUGUGCACCAUCAAAUGCUGCUGUAGAUGAAUUAAUGAAAAGACUUAUAGAUGAAAGAAGAAAGAUGGAAGAAAAGAGUAAACAUUCUGGAUUCCGACUUGUUCGCAUUGGGAAACCAGAAAAUAUACAUCAUGAUGUACAAAAGUACACAUAUCGGGAGAUUGUAAAAGUAAAUCAGGCCGAGGAAUUAAAGAACAAAAUUAAACGACAGGUCAACACAAGUGUGGUAAAAGAGAUAGAUAAGCUGAAGACCAGAAUAUCAAGUUUGCAUGAGGAAUUGACCAGUAAGACAAUCAAAAUGCAAACAAUUGAGGCAGGGAAGAUUAGAAGUGAAAUGAGUAAAUUAGAAAAGAAGAAAGACGAUAUGGAAGUUUCAAUCCAGGCUCAAUAUAAAGACAUAAAACUUACAAGGCAAGAAGAACAAAAAGUUAUGAGGGAUGUAUUGAUAAAGAGCCAUAUAGUGUGUGGCACACUAAAUUCUUUUGGCAAUGAUUUUUAUGCAGACAUACUAGCUCCUUACUCUCAAAACAUCAGGAGGUCAAUGUUCAAUUGUGUUAUUGUAGAUGAGGCUUCUCAAGCAACAGAGUUAGAUACGCUAAUACCAUUACAAUAUGGGACUACUAAAUUGAUUAUGGUAGGAGAUCCUGAACAACUGCCUCCAACUGUCUUGUCACAGAAAUCUGCUCAGAAAAGUUUUGGACAAUCACUGUUUGAGAGGUUCUACUGUCAUUUUAGACAUGAAGAUGUCAACCCUGUUCUAUUCUUAGAUACACAGUAUAGAAUGCACCCGGAAAUAGCUCAUUUCCCGAGCAAAUUUGUCUACCUUGGUGCACUCAAGACUGACAGUUCUGUAGAGGAGAGAUGUAACAUAUUCCAGUUAAAGCCAUAUCUUUUAUUUGACAUGCAAGAAGGACAGGAACACAGCACACAGAGAGGGGCUAUUAUAAACUCUACGGAGGCUGAGUUUACGAUAGAGUUGUGUGAGUUCCUAAUGAGUCGGACAAAGUUGCAGCAGCACCAGAUUGGUAUCAUUGCACCAUACCAACAGCAGAAAAAAAUCAUCAAAGAAGGGCUAGAAUCAAUGAAAUUGAUAUCGAUUGAAGUCAACACAGUAGACAGUUUUCAAGGUCGCGAGAAAGAAGUGAUAAUCCUGAGUUGUACAAGAGCUAAGAAUGUUUCUGGUGGAAUAGGGUUUUUAGCUAACAGUAAGAGAAUGAAUGUGGCUUUAACGAGAGCAAAAACAGCAUUGUACGUUGUUGGAUGUCUUAGCUCUUUGAAGAGAGGUGACCUUGCAUGGAGAAACUUGAUUGAGGAUGCAGAGAGAAGAAAUGUUAUCAGGAAAAUUACACAGGGAAGAUAUGAUAUGGUAUUUAAUGGUUGUUUGAAUAUCUCCGCUAGACUGGGACGACUGUUUGUAAGCUGAAGGAAACAAUCUGAGAAAUGAUCAAAUUCUUUAAAACCAUGUCCAUGUUUAAAGCCUAGUAUUAGUGAGACAAGAAUUAUUGAUACUAUGGUAUGAACUUAUUAAGCAUGUAUGGAUAAAAAAAAAGUAUUUAAUAACUUAAGAAAACGAUUAAGGUAUGAUAUCUGUUCAAAUGAUAUAUGAAUUGAGUACCGAGUACUAUAACUGUAUUUGAAUGGAAGAUGGAGAUGUUUUUGUUGAUGUUUAUUUUUGUUAGAUUAAAACGAAAUAAAAAAGGACAGUAUUCCAAUUGGAUUUAUUACAGUAUGUAGAAUAUCAAAGAUGUAUAGCAAAUAGUUUCCAAAGAUAUAAAUCAUGGAAAAAUGUUCCUCAAAAAAGUAUUGAUGAAGGGGAAAAAAUGUUGAGUUCCAUGUAUGUGUACAGAUGUACGAUGGACUAUAGAAUAAAGAUGGUUUUGCCAAGAAGAAUGAAAGAAAAAAAGAAAGAAAGAGAAGAAGAGGACAAGUUCAUUAUCAUGCAGAAAACAAACCCAAUUUCUAAACCAUUUAGAAUUGAAAUCUGAUGAAGCAUUGAUAUGGUAUGAAAGACACAAACCCUGACUAAUAUGCAUAGAAACAUAGUGCUUUUCAUUGCUAUUAUGAAAUGUUGUGAGGAAAAGAGAAUUUCAAAUGCAAACCAAUAAACAAUUCCAACUGAUAUUAUAGAAACUUUGCACAAUGCAGUGCUGAACAAUUUUAUUUUAUUUUUUAAUGAACUAUGUUUACGUAAAUGUUUUUAUGUCACGUUAGUUACUUGGAGAUUCAUAUUUUUUAAUGAUGUUUAUUUUUAAUUGUGUGUAAAUAAUGUAUAUAUAUAACGUUCAAAUUUAUAUACAUUUACGUCAUAUGUAUAAAUAUAUGUACAACUUUGUUCUUUUCGUGAGAACUUCAGGGAAAACGAUUAAUAUUGGUGGGAAAAUGUAGAUAUAAAAUUAGCUUUCUAAAAUUGUGGUUCCUUUGAAAUGUGUUGAAUAUAUUUUGUAUUCAUCAAAAAUUUUCCAUAGCCAUUUGUACCAUUUUUUUAACAUGUUUGAAAAGUAAACCUGUAAAUUAUAGAUAACAAAACCUAUGCCUGGUACCUACAAAAAGUUGUUUGUAAACAUUUAUGAGCAUUAUGUUUUUCUGGUCUGCUCCACCCUCUAUCUGUCCCGCUUCAGGUUAAAGUUUUUGGUCAAUGUUUUUUUUUGAUGAAGUUGAAGUCCAAUCAACUUGAAACUUGGUUCACAUGUUCCCUAUGAUAUGAUCUUUCUAAUUUUAAUGCCAAAUUAGAAAUUUUACCCCUUUUUCACGGUCUAUUGAACAUAGAAAAUGAUAGUGCAGAUGGGGCAUACAUGUACUGGGGACACAUUCUUGUUUUUACAUGUAUUGAUCAUUGAAAUUGUUAAUUAGUUAUGUUUAAUGCAAGUAUUGUUAACUUCAACUGCUGAUUUUAUCAAAUAGAUUUGUGUAUUUAAAAGGGAUAGAACUCCGUAAAGGAACAUAACUCAUUCAUAAAUCACAGCUAUUUUGUGUCAACCAUUUUGAUUAUUAUUUUUCUUAGUCUGUAAGUGACAGAGAUUUUGAAUUCUAUUUCACAUGAAUGCUUAAACAUUAUGGAGGAGACUGACAAUAUUUCAAACUCAUUCAUGAUUUUAACAAAUAUUUUCCUAGAGUAAUGAACAGUACAAAUUCAAAAUUAAACCAAAAAUGAAUUGAAAAAACAGGCCUUUGCUAAUAGACUCACUCCCCUCUUUUGUAAGAAUGCAACAUUUUAUAUCUGAAAUAUUAAUAUUACUAGUAAAAAUACAUGUCAGAAAAACAUUAAACUAGAGAACAAAGCGAUGUCUUAUUUUGCCAAUUUUACCCUUUUAGAUAAAUUCCCUUAGGGAUUUAGUCAUGCAAAGCCUAGAAUACAAUUAUUUUUAACAAAAUUUAAGGUCAAUUAUUAGUCCUUAUAACAUUGAACAUUUCAUUGGUAUUUUUUUUUUAAAUAAAAUUUAAAGUACUUCAUGCUAGUUUGGUAAAUACACCACAAUGAUACGUAAUAUCAGUAUGGAGUAUGGUGGAAACCGCCUUCUUCCUCUUGUGUAUAUGUUAUUAUUUUCAUGUCAAUCAUGGCCAAUUUAAGUAUUUAAGGUGGUACCCAACACUUUCACUAAAAUUAAUUUGGCUCGUUUAAUUUUCAUAAAAUUUUGAUGACGUAUUUACUUUGACCCUUUGACAAAAAUGUAAAAAAUUUAAAAAAUUUGAACCAACCAUUUUGUCAUAAAUAUUGCACUGGUUAUAUAGCAAGUUGACAAACACUGAUUUUGAUCAUUGAGAAGCUUAAUAUUCCCUUAACAACACAACGUAAUUAAAACGUUUAGCUGAUAUUACAGAGUUAUCUCCCUGUAAACUGCAGGACUUUGUUUAUCAAUGACUAUUAAACUGGUUUUUUUUUUUAGAGUUAUGUAUAAUUAUGAAUUUGUCUCUGCUAAUGAAAAUAUGAUAUAUGUAUUUUAUGUUAUGAUAUGAUAACAUUAUGUAGCGAAGUUUAUUUCUGAAGAUGCUUUUUCAGAAAGAAAUUUACUCUCUGUAACCAUGUUAAUGUAAAUAUGUUAAAAUAACCUUUAGACUAUCAACAAAUGUUUAAAUACUAUUUUUUUUAGUCUAAUUUUUUAUUGUUCUUUAUUAUGCACUACUUAUGUCCAUCACCUUUCACAGAUGAUCUCAAAUGAAUGCAUUAAAUAAUCUUGAUCAUUUGAAACAAGCAAUCUUGCCAAUGAUACAGCAUUUAAGGAUGUACUUGGCAUGGGUGAGGUUAGCUGAAAAUUUAUAAAUCAAGAAUUUAAAAUUGGCACUAUAAGCUGGUAGAGCAUUCUUUAAGGAUUAAAAUAAACUAACAAAAUUGAUAGGUCAUGGACCUCCUUUUCGAGAUAUUUGAGAUUUAAAUAUGGUGGGAAAAGGCUGACUAGGACUUUUACCUUAUGUUUGCAUUGGUAUUGUUUGUGUCCAAAAACAAAAAGAAAAUUAACAAUCUUCUAAAAUUUUGGUAAAUGACCUUUCAUGAGCUAUUUGGUCGUGUAUGAAAAAAUAAAUGGGUAUUAUGUGGGAAAAUAUUUUACAUUGUAUUGUACGGAAAAACACCAAGGAGUCAGAAAAUUUGACACAAAUUCUAAAACCUCGCUUAAGUACAUCCUCUUUCUUUUUUUUUUUUUUGGCCCUAAAAGUUAUUUUUUAGAUCAAUUUUAUUGGUUGUGAAAUUCAUUUUCAAAAGGCAUUACAAUUUCGUUAAUUACAAAAAAUGAAAACAUUGAACAUGAUCAAAGGUCACUCAGGUUAUGUUAACCUGAUCAAUGUUAUAUUUUAGACAUGGUAUCAAUUAGUUAAUGUUAAACCUGUUUGAAAAUGUCAAUCAGUAUCUAAAAACUAACAAUCAGUUAUAAAAACUGUCAAUCAGUUUAUUUUUAAACUAAUCAAAUUAAUCUGAAAAUUUAAACCCUGACUAAACUGUCAAUAAUAUGUUUUUCAGAACCAACUGACACCAAUUGUAUGUUAUACUUCAUUUAAAUGCCAAUAAUAUAUGUUAAACCUGAUUGAACUGACAGUUAAUGUAUGUUAAUUAUAUAAACCCUGAUUGAACUGACAGUUAAUGUAUGUUAAACCUGAUUUAAAUGUCAGUCUGGCUAUCAUGGGUAUUUUAAAACUAAUUCAUAUGUUAAACCUGAUUGAACUAUCAAUGUAUGUUGAAUCAAUAUGUUAAACCUGAUUGAACUAUCAAUGUAUGUUGAAUCAAUAUGUUAAACCUGAUUGAACUAUCAAUGUAUGUUGAAUCAAUAUGUUAAACCUGAUUGAACUAUCAAUGUAUGUUGAAUCAAAUUAACUGUCAGUUCAUGUAUAUUAAAUCUUGAGUCAACUGCUAUUUAUUUAACCUCAUUAAACAGUCAUUCAUUUAACCUUAACAACCAUUUUUUUGGAAGAAAGAUGAUUGAGUUCAUCGAUAGUCACUUUUGUAAAUAAACAUGCAUUUUAUUUAUUUUUUGGCAAAAUACGAUGUAGUAUUUUUGUUUUGUUAUGUUUGUUUUACAUUUUAUAUACAUGCAGCUAAGAUAGCAUUUCUUGAUUACUGUGUAAGAGUGUGCUAAACCAUAAAAGUCUUGCUUUUUCUAUGCAAUUACUUAAACAAAUAGUAAAAGCCUGUUUGAUGUCUGUGUAGAUCUUGAUAACAUAAUGAAAAUAAAAUAUAGGUUUGUUUCAAUUUUUAAAUUUUGACAGUUAAUCUUGGAAGGGUUGUCCUUUUAUGAUACAAAUUGGGUUUAUUUUUUAAACAAUUUUUUUUUAUAGUUUUAAAAAAUUUCCAAUUCUCCCUUUUCACCCAGUUUGGAUAAAAAUUUAAAGAUUCAGGAUACAAUUGUCAACAACCAUUUGACAUAUUGGGCAAGGGAAGAGGAGGAUUUAGAAAACUAAUAACUGACUCACCCAGCAGAAAGUCGGUUGGCUUUAUAUUUGCUGACUAAAAAAAAGUGCUGUGAAUAGUUCACAAGCAGGACAAAUAUAAAAAUGAGUUCAGUCAUUUACAAGGACAAGCAAAUUAUAACAGCCAAAUAUAAAGUCUGUCCCUACAAUCAAAUAUCAAAUGGCAUCCCAUUUCCUGAAAUCCAUUAUCAACUUGUAAAAUGAUUCAGACAAGCAAUUUUAUUGUUGCCAUGUUAUCUUAUUUAUUAUUUGAAUAGACGUUUGUUCAGGGGUAUUUCUAUUUUUAGUAAGAAAAGUGUAUUAAUGUAUAGGGAACAAGUUGUGUAUUAAAAAAACCUGUUAAAUUAUAUGCAAAUGGCAGAAAUAAUCCCCAAAGAUGACUUGAAUUUAAAAGCAGCUAUACCAAUAAAUGAUAAAAUAUA